CAGCUGAAGUUAUUUGUUUUUGUUACAGUUCGUUGUAUUGCUGUUUUGCUGGUUAUCACAGAGUUGCAUUUCGAAGUGGGUAUAGACGUGCUGUUGCGUUUUAUUUUUUCACAGAGCAGGAGGGUUUGCGCGGAGAUGGCGCCUGUGGCGGAAUACGAGGCGGCCUGUCUGCCGGAGCUGCUGCCGCUCUACUACCGCAGGCUGUUCCCCUUCUCGCAGUACCACCGCUGGCUGAGCUACGGGGGAGUGACAAAGAACUACUUCCAGAAUCGAGAGUUCUCCUUCACUUUGAAAGAUGACAUCUAUGUUAGAUACCAGUCCUUCAGCAACCAGAAUGAACUGGAAAAGGAAAUACAGAAAAUGAAUCCCUAUAAAAUUGACAUUGGUGCUGUUUACAGUCACAGGCCAAAUCAGCACAAUACGGUCAAGUCUGGAACCUUUCAGGCCCUGGAGAAGGAGCUUGUCUUUGACAUUGAUAUGACAGAUUAUGAUGACGUUAGACGCUGUUGCAGCUCAGCAGAUAUCUGUACCAAGUGCUGGAUUCUGAUGACCAUUGCGAUACGUAUCAUCGACAGAGCGCUGAGAGAGGAUUUUGGUUUCCGCCAUCUGCUCUGGGUGUAUUCGGGAAGGAGAGGGGUGCAUUGCUGGGUGUGUGAUGAGGCAGCCAGGAAGCUUUCUGUGGCUGCACGCUCUGCAGUGGCUGAAUAUCUCACCCUUGUCAAGGGUGGAGAAGAGACUGUGAAGAAAGUGCAGCUGUCAGAUCCAGUUCAUCCCUUCAUUAAGGAGUCACUGGCUGUGGUUCGAAGGUACUUUACUGAUUAUGCUCUGGUUGGACAGGACAUAAUGGGCAGCAAAGAGUCUAUGGACAAAGUGGUGGCACUUGUGCCUGAUGAAAUUCGAAAGGACCUGGUAGCUGCCCUUCAGGCUGAGAAGAACCCUACCAAACGAUGGGAAAAGCUGAAGGUCAUUGUACAACAAAAACAGGCAUCAUCCAAAAAAAGCUAUUACACAGAAGAGGAAAUAAUGCUUCAGUAUUGCUAUCCCAGAUUGGAUGUCAAUGUCAGUAAGGGUGUUAACCACUUGCUGAAGAGCCCAUUCAGUGUCCAUCCAAAAACAGAAUGUUUGUUCCACACAGGACGAAUCUCUGUGCCUAUUGACCUCAGGGAGCUAGGCCAAUUCAACCCUUUUGAUGUGCCCACUAUAAGCCUGAUUUGCAAAGAGCUAGACCGACCGAGAACAGCUGAAGAAGAAGAGGCCAGUGUGAGAGAGAGAGACCCUGAUGGAGGAGAGCAACGCAAAGUUCGGGAUUAUAAAAGGACAAGUUUAGCGAAGUAUGUGAAGCUGUUCGACCAAUUUGUGGAAGAAAUGGAGCGUUCUCGGAAAGGGGAAUUGCUGAGGAGGACUGAUCUCCAAAAGGACUUUUAGAAUAAGUGAACUGACAUGGUGGAUAUAAUGGUUUGACAAGUGCUUUUUGGUGUUCCAGAGAGUCUUUCUUCCAGGUUUUAUCAAGGUUAUUCCACACGCAAAGAUACCUGACAGUUAUUGACUGACUGUUCCAAACCUUCCUGCAUUUCAGUAGGAAGGAUGAUAAUAAUAGUGUGUGAAAAGGUUGUAAAUACUAUGGGAUGGUGUUGUUUCUGAGCAUGCAUACAUAUUACUGGAACUGCAUAUUAACUAUUAUCCAGUUGCUUGUCCACUAUAAUGGAUGGUGUAUAAAUAAAACAAUGACCAAUGUCACAAUGAUCAUUUAUAUGAUUUUUUUCCAAACUAAACCACUAUCUGGGAUAAAAUAUAUGAGCA